AUGCCCACAGAUAGACCCAUCCAACGCGGAUCAUGGGGGAUCGAGAUUGAUCAACCAAUCCACAUACCCCCUGGAGAUCCUAUCGCCCUUCGUCAUGAAACGCAGAACCCAGAUAUUGCUCUAGACCGAUACCACCUGCGCGUAGACUGGCAGACUCGAGUCUCCGACGACUCCCGAGAGGCUAAGUCGGGUCUGUUGACGCACAAGAAUACAUGGAAUACAGAAGCGACUGUGCUACCUGCAUUGGAGCUCUGGGAGAGGGAGCAGAACGAGCAAGGCAUCAUUCCCAGAGAUUGGCAACCUGCGACCUUGGAUGACUACCCUUACUACCCUGGAUGGGAAGAGCGUUGGAACGCAACUCAGAGCGUCUAG